AUGGAGUUUAUAAGACGGUUACUUGUUGUGCUGUGCGUCACAACGUGUUGUGUAUCAAUCGUAUCGGCGCGAUCAAUUCUACAAGGUUCAGUAGAAGUACUAUUGAAUGACGCACCUGAGAAUGACGAGUCCAGUUCACUGUCUGACAGUGUCAGCGGGUAUCGUCAUCGUUUAGAACAUUCAACUGAUAUACAAGCGAUUCGUUGGUCUUUGAGGAAGUUAAAUGCUGACGAAUUAUGUGAAUUUUGUGACUUGAUCGUUCCAGUUAUUCGUAUACUUGUUGAAAUAAACGACACAGCUCGUUUUGAAGCAGCACUGUUAUUCGUAUGCAGAGAAUACAAGAAAAUAGCUUUCGAUGUUUGUGUUGGUGCAGUUGAUGAAUACAAGAAUGCUGUUCUUGAAAUUAUCGUAAAAUCACCACUGAAUAACAAAGGAUUAUGUGCGCUGGCAUUCAAAUGUGACUCGCAGUUUAAUUACCCACUUCUCAACUGGAAUGUGACGAUUCCAGAUAAACUCAAACCAACGCCACGACCACCUCAACCACCAUCGCCCUCAGCGCCUAAAUUGACUCUCCUUCAUCUCUCUGACAUUCAUGUCGAUUUCGCCUACAAACCUGGAUCAAUCGGUGACUGUGGUAAACCACUAUGCUGUCGAGACGGUCAACCAGGGGCCAAUCAAACGGGAGCUGGUUUUUGGGGUGAUUAUCGAGGCUGUGAUUUGCCGUAUUGGACAGCAGAAGCGCUCCUGAAACGUAUCGUAGAAGUUGAAAAAGAUAUUGAUUUUAUCUAUUAUACUGGUGAUUUGCCACCGCACAAUGUAUGGAAUCAAUCCCGUAGUGACCAAUUAUACUCGAUCAAUACGAUCAAUCAGUUAUUAGUAACACUUUUCCCGAAUAAAACAUUCUAUUCUGCCGUGGGUAAUCAUGAAGCAGCACCAUGCAAUAUGUUUCCAACGCCGAGUGUUCGCUCGGAUAAUAUAACUUGGCUGUAUCAAGCAUUAGCGGAUAAUUGGAUCAAACUUGGUUUGUCGCCAGACACUCGGCAGAGUAUUUUACGAGGUGCUUUCUACACAACAAUCGUCCGACCUGGACUACGAUUGAUUUCAAUGAACAUGAACUAUUGUGCCGAGGAUAAUUUCUGGUUAUUUAUCAAUUCAACUGAUCCAUUGGAACAACUUCAAUGGAUGGUUAAUUGGUUACAAUAUGCCGAAGAUCACGGUGAAAGAGUGCAUAUCAUUGGCCACCAUCCACCAAGUUCAUGUUUAGCAGCAUUUAGUUGGAAUUACUAUAAAGUUGUCAACCGAUACGAAAAUACGAUUGCCGGCCAGUUUUUUGGUCAUGUCCAUUCAGAUGAAUUUACUGUCUUCUACGAUGAAGUCGAUUCGAGACGCCCUGUCUCCGUCGCUUAUAUCGGUCCUUCUGUAACAACAUAUUCCAGUUUAAAUCCCGGCUAUCGAGUAUUUACAAUUGAUGGAUACUAUCCCGGCACAUCGUAUUGGCCACUCAAUCAUCGAACAGUGAUUAUGAACUUAACGGAAUCAAAUAUACAGAACAAAACUAUCUUUCACGAUGAAUACAAUGCUCGUGAUGCUUAUGAAUUGAAAAAUCUAUAUCCAACUGAUUGGAGUAAAUUUCUCGAUCGACUACAGAACAAUAUCGAUGGUCCAAUGAUGAAACUAGUCGCACAAUAUCACAGAAAAAGUCAUGCAAGUGAAUGUAAUCACAACUGCCGUCGUGCACUUCUAUGCCGGUUAAAAUCUGCGAGAUCGGAAGAUCCUCAUGCUUGUGAUUCGAUUCCACCAUUUUGA